AUGGAAGGUUCGCUAGUCUACUUCCCGGAUGAAGGAGCUGACGCUUGGGUGCGUCAUGUCGUGGAAGAUAUAGUAUGGAAUGUAACGAGGAACGAAUUCGCUGUUAACUGCUUGACGCAUCCGGUAUGGAGAGAGCGCUAUGACAAACAUUGUAGAGGAUUUUUGCCAAUGAGAAAGCCAUACUUGAAGAGAAGAAAGCCGAGAAAAGCGGUACUGCUCAGCAAAGCGGGAUUGAUAAUGGAGAACGUACAACACGAAGACUCUGGACUGUACCGGCCAGCUUUCAUCAGGGUAAGUUCACAGUUGUGCAUGAAGAAAGCCGUAUUAGAACCUGCUGGAGGAAAACAUGGGUGUACAGUAGGCGAAGGCAAAAAUUCAAUGAUGCUUUUAGCAAAUAAGAUAGAAACCAGAACUUUGAUCCAGCGUCAAAAUGACUGCAAUUUGUCAUUUUUACCUUUAUGCAAAUUCCUAUUUUCGAACUUCACUGCGGAUUCCAGGAAGUAGAC